AUGUAUGAACUGAAAAGUGUAAGGAGUGAUAGAGAAGAAUAUGAUGGCUUCUCCACGACGGAAUCGGGGAGGAUGGACAUUGAAGAAGGGAACAUUGCAAAGAAGGAAUUUAUUUAUGCAAAAAAAAAUAAAACAAAAUCUUUAGGCUUCUUCACCCACAGCGAGAGUUCAUUUCCUGGAAACGGAAAAAUGGCAUCAGACAAACACAAUCAGACAAAGGCAAAAAAUAAUAUAAAAAUUGCAGACAUUUUGAAGUGCCCAUGGGAAUAUCAUAUCAAUUUUGUUACUAUGAUUUCAUUUAUAAUAGGCAGUAUAUUUUUUCUUUACCCAAAGUUAACCGUAGCUGGCUGUAUCAUUUUUGCCAUAGCCUGUGUCAUGUGUAUGUAUUGCAAUUUAAUCAGCGCUCUCAACGCUGGCGUCGAACAGGAAAAAGAAUACCGUGGGCAUAUAUGUUACGCAAUCGGGUGUAUCCUUUUUACAUUCGGUUCAGUUUAUUCCACUUUUAAGGACGACUACUUCGGAAUUACAAACUUCGUCGUAGGAAGUAUUUUCUUCCUCAUUGGAGCCGUGUAUUUUAUUAAUACCAUGGAUUUUGACAAGAUAAAAAGCGUGGAUUAUAAGGUUUUGAUUGUUUAUGUGUCCAAUUUAAUUGGGGGAUUUUUGUUUACGCUUGCCAGCCUUCUUUUUUAUUUCCCCGGCUGGUACAGUCCAGCUUGUUAUAUGUACAUCGUGGGGAGUUCACUCUUCACCCUUGCCACGUGGUUCGAUUACUUAAUUUAUCUAGCUAGUGUGGCGUGA